UACUUUCAAUGCGAUCUUGUUUAUGGGAAUCCUGUCUUCAUGUUUCUCUCAUACCCACAGGUCACAACAAAGUAAGAUCCCAGCACACAAGCAAACAGAUGAGUUAUGUUUCACUUGUGAGUCAAGAGAGAGUGAAGAAGAGUCCAGAACUGAGGAAGAGGAGACCAUUGACUGUAUGGCUCUUCCCAAACACAAAUUAGAUCAGUCCCAGAAGAAAAUAGCCCAGCUGAUUAAGGAAAAAAUGAAUACCGAAGCAAACAAGGAACUGAUUCGAUGUGUGAUCCUUUCUCGGAUUGUUUUUGGGCAAGAACACUGGAAGUGUGCACAGGCUUUGGCCAACCUGGCAUAUGGAUACUUGACACUGAGAGGGUUCCCAGCUCAGGCCAAGAAGCAUGCUGAGUCAGCUAAGAACAAACUAUUGGCCUUGAAGGGAAACAUGGCCUCAGAGGAGGAGGAGAAAGAAAUCCUGGGAGUUCUGGUUCUGCUCUACUACACUCUGGGCAUGGCCUGGCUCCUACAGAAACGUGGAAAAGAAGCCUAUUUCUACCUGCAGAAGGCAGACAGAACCAUGAAGGAACUGACAGAAUUAAAUAAGGGAUACAUUUAUGGAAUGCAAAUCACAGAGAAAGACCUAGCAGUUGGUUUGGGCAGAGCCUCCUUGGCUAUCCACAGAUUAAACCUAGCUCUGUCAUACUUCGAAAAGGCAAUUGAUGAUGUUAUUGCUGCUAAGGGGGAUAACAGCCCAGAUCUGAUCAGUCUUUACCAGGAACUUGCCCAGAUGGAACAGUUGAGGAGGAACCACGGGCAGGCCAUCCAGUAUUUGAAGCAGGCCUAUUCUAUCUGUGUUUCUUCAUUCACUGAAAUCAGCCCCCAAACUGGAGAAGUGAGCGCUUUGCUUGCCAAAGCCUAUGCCAUGUCUGGAGAGUCUCAGCACAGGGAUGCUGUUGAGAUAUAUUUUGUAAAAAGUAUCAAUGCAUAUAAAGCAACCUUGGGCCCAGAGAAUUAUGAAACAUUGACCACCAUUGAAGAAUUUUGUAAAUGGCUUGUUCAAAAUGGGGAUAAACAGGGAGCUUACAGACUGCUAAAGUCUUCAUUGAAGUCAUAUGUCAUCAACUAUGGUGUUUAUAAUGAAAAAGUGGCUGAAACUCUUUAUAAUUUGUCCAGGAUCUGUUUUCCCAAAGGUGAAAUCAGAAAGGCAAUUCAGAUGCUAAGGAAGGUGAGCAAAGGAAGAUGACUCUGGCUUGUUUUUAUAAUAUUUUCUCCUGGAUUUAUAAGGAAAAAAAUGUG